UCCAAAAAAUUAAAAAUCUCUCUCUCUCUCUCUCUCUCUCUCUCUCUCUCUCUCUCCAUUUUCUCCCCCGUUUAGAUCUACCCGAUCAUCGGACUACACACCGACAGCAACUGAUGACCAUAUGUGACAACGACGACAAUUCCGCCUGAAUCCAAUUAACAAUUCUACAAGCCAAUAGGCAAUAGCUUCUUCCUCAAUCACACUUCGUCGGAGAGGUAGCCUCUCUCUCUCUCUUUCUCCGCCUCUCUCUCUCUCCACCUCAAUUCUCUUACACGUCCGUGAAAACUCGUCGAUCCCUUCUUCUCAUUCCACAUGCAUUCAAUCACCAGAUUAGAAUCAGCUAGAUCUCCAGAGCGCUAGUCACCACCACGAAACCGGACCAGAAAAAAAGGACAAAAAUGUCAUCUUCGCAGCAGCAAACCCUAGGCGGCCCCUCCCAAUGCGGCCGCAUCCUCGGCCCCUCCCUCGACAAGAUCAUCAAGAACGUCGCCUGGCGCAAACACUCCAACCUCGUCUCCGCCUCCAAGUCCGCCCUCGACAAGCUCCAAACCCUGACCGACUCCGCCCCCGAUCCCCUGUCCCCUUCCCCUCUCCUCGGCCUCGUACCGGCCGACGCCGAACUCGUCCUCCACCCCCUCCUCCUCGCCCUCGACUCCGCCUCCCCCAAGGUCGUCGAGCCCGCCCUUGACUGCGUCUACAGGUUGUUUUCUCACGGCCUUUUUCGCUGCGAAAUUGACCUGUCCCCAUCCCUCAUUGCGUCCCGGUUGAUCGCCUCCGUCUGCAAGUGUGCCGGGGCAGGGGAGGAGGCGGUGGAGCUGGGCGUUUUGAAAGUGUUGCUGUCGGCCGUUAGAUCUCCCUGUGUUUUGAUCAGGGGUGAUUGCCUUGUUCAUGUUGUAAGGACUUGUUAUAAUGUGUACCUUGGCGGGUUGAACGGGACUAAUCAGAUCUGCGCGAAGGCAGUCCUCGCGCAGAUGAUGGUUAUCAUUUUUGCCCGGCUCGAGGAGGAUUCGUUGGUUGUUGGGUUUAAUACGGUGCCUGUUUCGGAUUUGUUGGAGUUUACUGAUAGGAACUUGAAUGAAGGGAGUUCUGUACAGUUUGUUCAGAACUUUAUUAAUGAGGUCGUGCAAGUGAAUAAUGAAGGGGUUGUUGUGGAUUCGAAAAUAUCGAUGCGAGUUGAGUCGACGGGGGAGGGGAAGGAGGGGUUGGGCAAUGGUGAGUCGAAUGAUGGAGUGGAUUCCAGUGGUGGGAGUAAGAUUACCGAGGAUGGGUUUUUGGUUUUCAAGAAUUUGUGUAAGUUGUCGAUGAAGUACUCGUCGCAAGAGAAUCCUGAUGAUCAGAUUCUUCUUAGAGGGAAGAUAUUGUCUCUGGAGCUGCUAAAGGUAAUUAUGGAUAACGCGGGUCCGAUUUGGCGCACAAAUGAGAGGUUCCUUAACGCCAUCAAGCAGUAUCUCUGCUUAUCAUUACUGAAAAACAGUGCACUGUCAGUUAUGACUAUUUUCCAACUUCUUUGUUCUAUUUUCAAGAGCUUAUUGUCAAAAUUCAGAUCAGCAUUGAAAUCAGAAAUUGGGAUUUUUUUCCCUAUGCUCAUCCUCCGUGUGCUCGAGAACGUGCUUCAGCCUAGUUUCUUACAGAAGAUGACUGUCCUCAAUUUACUGGAGAAGAUCUCUCAGGAUUCGCAGAUUAUUGUUGACAUUUUUGUCAAUUAUGAUUGUGAUGUGGAUGCUCCAAACAUCUUUGAAAGGACUGUCAAUGGCCUUCUGAAAACUGCUAUAGGUCCACCUCCUGGUUCAACGACCACUUUGUCUCCAGCUCAGGAUGUCACAUUUCGGCUUGAAUCCGUUAAGUGCUUGGUUACAAUCACCAAGUCGAUGGGAAGUUGGAUGGACCAGCAAUUAAGAAUAGGAGAUUUUUGCCCGCCUAAGCGCUUUGACAGUGACAGUUUAUCAGAAAAUAAUACUACCUGUAACGGAGAAGAAGGAACUAUCCCUGACUAUGAGAUGCAUCCAGAAGUAAAUUCUGAAGUCUCGGAUGCUGCUACCCUUGAGCAACGUCGAACGUACAAAUUAGAGCUCCAGAAAGGAAUUGCACUGUUCAACAGAAAACCUUCGAAGGGAAUUGAUUUUUUAAUUAGCACCAAAAAAAUCGGAAGUUCUCCUGAAGCAGUGGCAUUGUUUUUGAAGAAUACUGCUGGCCUUAAUGAAACGAUCAUUGGUAACUAUUUGGGCGAAAGGGAGGAGUUUCCUUUGAAAGUUAUGCAUGCUUACGUUGACUCAUUUAAAUUCGAAGGAAUGGAUUUUGGAGAAGCAAUUAGGUUCUUCCUAAGGGGAUUUAGGUUACCAGGAGAGGCACAGAAAAUUGACCGCAUCAUGGAAAAAUUCGCUGAACGCUAUUGCAAAUGCAAUCCAAAUUCAUUUACAAGUGCGGAAACUGCUUAUGUUCUUGCUUACUCCGUGAUAAUGCUCAACACAGAUGCCCACAAUAAUAUGGUAAAAGAUAAGAUGACCAAGGCUGAUUUCAUCCGGAAUAACCGAGGGAUAAAUGAUGGCAAGGAUCUACCAGAGGAAUAUCUGGGUGCUAUCUAUGAUCAAAUUGUAAGAAAUGAGAUUAAGAUGACUGCUGACUCUUCUGCACCGCAAAGCAAGCAGGCAAACAGUCUGAAUAAACUAUUGGGCUUGGAUGGUAUACUCAAUCUAGUUUGGAAGCAGACAGAAGAAAAACCGUUGGGUGCAAAUGGGGUUCUUAUUAAGCACAUUCAAGAACAAUUUAAGGCGAAAUCCGGAAAAUCAGAGUCUGCAUAUUAUGCUGUUGCAGAUGCAGCAAUAUUGAGAUUUAUGGUGGAAGUUUGCUGGGGUCCUGUGCUUGCUGCAUUCAGCAUGACUCUAGACCAGAGUGAUGACAAGGUCGCCAUUUCUCAAUGCUUACAGGGCUUCCGACAUGCUGUUCAUAUUACUGCUGUGAUGGGUAUGCAGACCCAGAGAGAUGCUUUUAUGACAACUGUUGCCAAGUUUACCAACCUCCAUUGUGCUGCAGACAUGAAGCAAAAAAAUGUUGACGCUGUCAAGGCAAUGAUAUCAAUUGCAAUUGAAGAUGGGAAUUUUCUUCAGGAAGCCUGGGAGCAUAUUUUAACAUGUCUCUCUCGAUUUGAGCAUCUGCAACUGUUAGGAGAGGGCGCACCAUCUGAUGCGUCCUUCCUUACCACAUCUAAUUCUGAAGCUGAUGAAAAAGCAAUAAGGUCCUUAUCAAAGAAAAAAGGAACUCUACAGAAUCCAGCUGUUGCAGCUGUUGUUCGUGGGGGUUCAUAUGACAGCACCACUGUUGGAGUCAAUUCCACAGGACUGGUAACCCCAGAACAGAUGAAUAGCUUUAUUUCCAACCUGAAUCUGCUUGACCAAAUUGGGAAUUUUGAGCUGAACCACAUCUUUGCUCAUAGCCAAAGGUUGAACAGUGAGGCAAUUGUUGCUUUUGUGAAAGCCCUCUGCAAAGUUUCCAUGUCAGAAUUGCAGUCUCCAACAGACCCUCGUGUAUUUAGCCUCACAAAAAUAGUUGAAGUUGCGCAUUACAACAUGAACCGAAUCCGAUUGGUUUGGUCUCGUAUAUGGAGUGUUCUUUCAGAUUUCUUUGUGUCGGUUGGCUUGUCAGAAAAUCUCUCUGUUGCAAUAUUUGUAAUGGAUUCAUUGCGGCAACUGGCUAUGAAAUUCUUAGAGCGAGAGGAGUUGGCUAAUUACAAUUUCCAGAAUGAAUUUUUGAGACCAUUUGUGAUUGUCAUGCGGAAAAGCAGCUCUGCCGAGAUCAGGGAACUAAUAGUUCGCUGUCUUUCACAGAUGGUCCUCAGCCGUGUUAGUAAUGUAAAAUCUGGCUGGAAGAGUGUUUUUAUGGUUUUUACCACUGCUGCGGCUGAUGAAAGGAAGAAUAUAGUCUUGUUGGCCUUUGAAACCAUGGAAAAGAUAGUACGAGAAUAUUUCCCUUACAUAACUGAGACUGAGACGGUGACCUUUACAGAUUGUGUUAGAUGCCUCAUCACCUUCACAAAUAGUAGAUUUAACAGUGAUGUUAGUCUCAAUGCCAUCGCUUUUCUCCGGUUCUGUGCUGUCAAACUUGCUGAUGGGGGAGUUGUUAGUAAUGAGAAGAAUAAUAUUGAUGAUUCAUCCGUUCAAGUAGGAAGUGAAGAUACUUCAGAUCAAACUUUCACAGACAAAGAUGAUAAUACGUCCUUUUGGGUUCCUUUGCUUACAGGACUAUCAAAACUAACAUCAGAUCCAAGAUCAGCUGUCAGAAGGAGUGCUUUAGAAGUGCUUUUUAAUAUUUUGAAGGAUCAUGGUCUUGUUUUUUCCCGCCCAUUCUGGAACAGUGUUUUCAAAUCUGUAGUUUUCCCGUUAUUCAAUUUUGUACAUGAGACGAAGGAAACACAACUCGACGAUGACCAGUCUUCACCAGCUUCCAGAUCUUCUCAUCAUGAGGGAAGUAUGUGGGAUUCUGAAACUUCUACAGUGGCAGUUCAAUGUCUGGUAGACCUAAUUGUCACUUUCUUUGAUGUGCUGCGGUCUCAACUACCUGGAGUGGUAUCGAUACUCGCGGGUUUUCUAAGACGUUCUGGUCAAGGUCCUGCAAACACAGGGGCAGCUGCAUUGAUUCGUUUAGCUGGUGACUUGGGAAGCAGACUUUCAGAAGAUGAGUGGGGAGAUGUCUUUCUUGCUUUGGAACAGGCAGUUUCUUCUUCCCUGCCAGGUUUUUUGAAGCUUCUCAGGACUAUGGAUAGAAUUGAGGUCCCUGAAACCGCUUAUAACGAUGUGGAAAUAUAUUCUGACCAUGGGUUGACCAAUGAUGGUCCUGAAAGUGACAACCUGCAAACGGCGGCCUAUGUUGUUUCAAGGAUGAAAAGUCACAUAGCCGCACAGCUUCUCAUUAUACAGGUAAUGACGGAUCUGUUCAAGAUGCACCAGAAAUACUUGUCAUCAGUCCACAUCAAGAUCCUUCUUGAUAUAUUUGCAUGCAUAACAUCCCAUGCCCACCAGUUGAACUCUGAGACAAACGUUCUGGUGAAGCUGCAGAGAGCAUGCUCUAUCCUGGAGAUCUCUGAUGCACCGACGGUUCAUUUUGAAAACGAGUCUUUCCUAAAUUACCUCCAGUUCCUCCAAGAUUUACUGGCAAAUAAUUCAUCCUUGUCAGAAGAGAUGAACAUAGAACCCCUACUUGUGUCGGUUUGUGAAAAUAUUUUGCGUAUAUACCUGGAAUGUUCUGGAUUACAAUCUGCACAGCAGAAAGCAGUUACCGAUAAGAAGCAAGAGGAGCUUCACUGGAUUCUUCCCUUGAGUUCAGUGAAGAAGGAAGAAUUAGCUGCCAGGACACCUCUAGUUCUGUUAGCAUUAGGGGUUUUGAGUGGGCUCGAAAGUGAUUCUUUUAGGAGGUAUGUUUCCCAAUUAUUCCCCUUGUUGGUAGAUCUUGUCCGGAGUGAGCAUUGCACAGGAGAAGUUCAGCGUGUUCUAAGCUAUAUGUUCGAGUCAUGUAUAGGCCCAAUAGUAUUGAAUUUGUGAAUGUGCAUAUCGUUCGAAGUCUGUACGCGAUUGUGCAAGCGUGCAGCUCGUCAGAUAUCUCUUGCGUAAGUCCUCGUCUUAGGCUGGCUGGCUGAGCAGUAGCUUGAUUAUUAUUGAUAGUUGUUCCAUUUUUGGUAGUAUGCAGGUGCUGGAAUUUUGUUAAUGGAUGUAUAUUCAAUUAUGAUACGAUAUAUACUACUGUAAAAUUUGCUAUCCACAAACACACUUUGCAUUUGGUUCAAUAUGAAGGAUUCCAUUUCAACAGCA